UUAAAAGCGGCGGCUCCACACUGAGCGGAGCGGAGCGGAGGACCGGGGCCAGACAGCGGCUCCUCCCGGACAUGUGAACACGAACCCCGCGGCUCCUCCAGUGCACAAGUGCCCCCCUCUCUCAGCUCCACUCCUCCUCCUCCUCCUCCUUUAUCUCUGCCUUUAUCUCCCUCCCUCUUUCUCUUUUUUUUUGUGGGGGGUUUAAUUUUCCCGGAGCCAUCGCGGCGGCAGUUCGCUCCACAUCCGGGCCACGGUGCGUUGACUCCAUUAUUGUCCAAAAGUGGCGGAGCGCUCCAUCAAACCUUUCCCCCACCCACCACCACCACCGUGCAUUCUGAAGACACGCUACGCGGGAGUGGAGGCCGGGACCCGGAGGACAUGUCUAACCAAGGAGUUCGGCGAAACGGCCCGGUGAAGCUGCGACUAACAGUCCUCUGCGCCAAAAACCUGGUGAAGAAGGACUUCUUCCGCCUCCCUGAUCCCUUCGCCAAAGUGGUCGUGGACGGCUCGGGGCAAUGCCACUCGACAGACACUGUGAGGAACACGCUUGACCCCAAGUGGAAUCAACACUAUGACCUAUACAUCGGGAAAUCCGACUCCAUCACCAUCAGUGUGUGGAAUCACAAGAAGAUUCACAAGAAGCAAGGGGCGGGGUUCCUGGGCUGUGUCCGCCUUCUGUCCAACGCCAUCAACCGCCUUAAAGACACCGGCUCAGACCAGAGACUUGACUUGAACAAGCUGAGUCCUAACGACAGUGACACGGUCAGGGGCCAGAUAGUGGUGAGCCUGCAGUCCAGGGACCGGAUAGGCACGGGAGGCCCUGUGGUGGACUGCAGUCGGCUGUUUGACAAUGAUCUUCCAGAUGGAUGGGAGGAGAGGAGGACCGCGUCUGGACGAAUCCAGUACUUGAACCACAUCACACGCACCACGCAGUGGGAGAGGCCGACCAGGCCUGCAUCAGAGUACUCCAGCCCGGGCCGGCCACUCAGCUGCAUCGUGGACGAGAACACGCCUGUCAGCACGAACGGGGCCACGCCCACCACAGUGCUGCCGCCCCCCGACGGUGACCACCGGGUCCAGGAGAGACGGGUCCGCUCGCAAAGGCACCGCAACUACAUGAGCAGAACCCACCUGCACACGCCCCCGGAUCUGCCUGAGGGAUAUGAGCAAAGAACCACGCAGCAAGGCCAAGUGUACUUCCUCCACACUCAGACAGGUGUCAGCACGUGGCACGACCCCCGAGUACCCAGAGAUCUGAGCAAUGUGAACUGUGAGGAACUGGGUCCUUUACCUCCAGGAUGGGAGAUCCGCAACACCGCCACCGGGAGAGUUUACUUUGUCGACCACAAUAACAGAACCACGCAGUUCACAGACCCACGCCUCUCCGCCAACCUGCACCUAGUCCUAAAUCCAAGUCCUAAUGGUUCUCGAGGAGGCAUCGAAAGUCAGAAUGUCAGUCGUCAGAACCAGUUGAAGGAGCAGGCCCAGCAGGCUCUGGUGUCGCCCGCUCAACUCCCAGAGGAGGCCGAGUGCCUCACGGUGCCUAAGUACAAGAGAGACCUUGUUCAGAAGCUCAAGAUCCUCCGUCAGGAGCUGUCCCAGCAGCAGCCUCAGGCGGGCCACUGCCGCAUCGAGGUGUCCCGUGAGGAGAUCUUUGAGGAAUCGUACCGACAGGUGAUGAAGAUGCGGCCCAAGGACUUGUGGAAGAGGCUAAUGGUGAAGUUUAGAGGAGAAGAAGGGCUCGACUACGGAGGAGUGGCCCGGGAGUGGCUCUACCUGCUGUCACAUGAGAUGCUGAACCCGUACUACGGCCUGUUCCAGUACUCCCGCGAUGACAUCUACACGCUGCAGAUAAACCCAGACUCGGCUGUCAACCCCGAACAUUUGUCCUACUUCCACUUCGUGGGCCGUAUCAUGGGAAUGGCCGUGUUCCAUGGCCACUACAUAGACGGAGGCUUCACUCUGCCCUUCUACAAGCAGCUGCUGGGUAAACCCAUCACCCUGGAUGACAUGGAGUCUGUUGACCCCGACCUGCACAACAGCCUCGUCUGGAUCCUGGACAAUGACAUCACAGGUGUGCUGGACCACACGUUCUGCGUAGAGCACAACGCUUACGGCGAGAUCAUCCAGCAUGAGCUCAAGCCCAACGGUAAGAGUAUCGCCGUCAGCCAGGACACCAAGAAGGAGUACGUCCGGCUCUACGUCAACUGGCGUUUCCUGCGAGGCAUCGAGGCGCAGUUCCUGGCGCUGCAGAAGGGCUUCAACGAGGUCAUCCCGCAACACCUGCUCAAGGCCUUCGAUGAGAAGGAGCUCGAGCUGAUUGUUUGUGGCCUGGGUAAAAUCGACAUCCACGACUGGAAGUCCAACACGCGGCUCAAACACUGCACCCCGGACACCAACAUAGUGAAGUGGUUCUGGAAAGCUGUGGAGACGUUCGACGAGGAGCGCCGAGCUCGGCUGCUGCAGUUCGUCACCGGCUCCUCUCGAGUUCCUCUGCAGGGCUUCAAGGCCCUUCAAGGUGCUGCUGGUCCACGGCUCUUCACCAUCCACCAGAUUGAUGCCAGCGCCAACAACCUUCCCAAAGCCCACACCUGUUUCAACAGGAUCGACAUUCCUCCGUACGAGCUCUACGACAAACUGUACGACAAGUUGCUCACUGCCAUCGAGGAGACGUGCGGCUUCGCUGUGGAGUGAGUCCCCGAUGCAGACGGAGCUCUGCAACGACGAGGAGCUACACCGUUUGGCCACGAUCACCCCCCCGCCCCCCCUCGCCUGACCCCUUCCUCCAGCAAAUCAAUCCAGUUUCUUGGGGGGGGUCAUCCACGGUUGCUUCCCCCCAGGGACGCACACACCUCCCGGGCACAUGUGGCCAAGCUAAUGGAGGGUGGGACGUGAGGACCAGAAAAUGUCAUCUGACUGUUGGUUUGAAACCCUCCAGCCCUUCUUCUGUCUUUUUUAUCAUGGAUCUCUUCAGCUGCUAAUAACUCAAGACUAUUUACUAACUUGUGGAACCUGCAAAGAUUUGCCGGCUCUUCCUUUUUUUCUUUUUUUUUCUAAGUUCAUUUUAGCAUUUUUUUUAAAAAUAGACUGUAUCUAUGUAGCAAUGCUCCAUUUUUACCAAGCGGAACACAAGCUCUCCGGAACAACACUAACAAGACUGGUUUGUUUCUAGAGUCCAGGGUUAUUAUUGGUUCCCACAGCCACUUGGAAACACUAAAUUUGGACGUGGAGUGUGCAUGACUCGGGCCGCUCGGUGCCUCGCAGCGAUCACGCUGGGGCCAAUCAGCGACGCCGAGGCUGGGACAACACGGACGACGAGGCAAAGAGCGGAGACUGAAUUAGUUGGACUGUUUACAACCCUCUCCAAAGACAGCGGCUGGGACCUGAGCUCCCGAGACGCUGCCCGACAACAGGCGCCGCGUUUCCCACAAACACGACUUCACACGUCUGAACGCUAGUUUUGUUUGGAAAAUGAAUAAAUGAAUGCGUAGCUUGAAAAUGUGUUAUUUUUAUAUAACAGGGAAAAAUUGAAAAAAGAAAACAAUAAAAUUCUAUAUAAUAUAUAUAAUUUAUUGUUGUUAUAUUUCAGAAACCCCCUUUUUUUUUUCUCCAUUGUUUUCAGAAAAAUACAAUCUUUGAAAUAUUGUUAAAUUAUAGAAGACGAGUUGUGAAAAACAGAACUAAGCUUGACUGAAGUUCACUAAAGAACGCUGUUGUUUCUUUCUGGACAUAACCUCUCUCGUAGUGGACACGUGUCAAACAUCUUUAAAUCAAUGUCUCCUGAGUGCCAUAAACAUUUUGAGUGAAUGAAUAUUUACAAAUAUUGAGCGUCACCCUUUAAACUUCUACUGAUUUCACCCUGGAGCUACUUAUGGCGUCGUGUUGUUUCCCUUUUUACCCCUUUUUUUGUUUGUCACUUUUUUUAUAAUCGUCACGAGCAUGAAAUCUACCUUUUUUAAAUGUGUCCAAAGUCCAUCACAGUCUAGUUUGCGUUGUCAUAGAUAAAAACGAGAAAAACAAAACUACUACCUUUGAGCCAUGUGGUGCUAAAAAGCGUUAAGUUUAGUCUUGUAUUGGCGACUUUUACUCACUGACCUACUACUGCUUCAAGUGCAUGGUUCACUACUCGUGUCUGAACCCGUUUGUGGCCACGAAUCCUCUCUGAGAAGUCGACGGCUCCACCAGGCCGAGUUCUCAGGAGACGUCAUUUGACUAGAACCCCGAUUCUGACCACGUGUCGUGAUUUCACGAACGUUUCGGGGGUUCGAAGACGCGCCGUCACCUGCAUCGUCUCGUCCACAGCAACUGUUGCAUGUCUCCGAAUGUGCUUUGGGUUGAAAGUGUAACCUGAAUGAGAUGAACUCCUGCAGUUUCUUUUUUUAGAGAAAGUGUGUGUGUGUGUGGGGGAGGUGGUUGUUUUCUAUGAUUAAAAAGGAAAAUUCUUGAAUGUUUUCAGAAGAUGCUGCCUGUCUAGCAAUCUCUAUGACCGUGGACUGUUCUUAACGAUUGCAUACACUAAAAAAAAAAAGAGAAAAGAGGAAAGAUGAACGAACUGUUAGUUUUCAUUCUUUUUGUAGACGAGUGUAUGCAAAGUGAAAAGUGUCCUCAGCUGGUGCUUUGUACAGUAAUAAGAUAUUGUUCAUAUACUGUAUGUGGAUCAAACAACCUGUAAUUUAUCUUUAACUUAAGUAGAAAAAAGGAUUUUGUUUUUAACUGAAAAGAGGAAGUCACCAUGUGUGUUUUACUGGUGACGUCUGCACCAGAUAUUCAUUCACCUUUGAGUCCAGUGCACAAGCUGACGGCCCCGACUGUCCGUUCCCACACGACACGACUCGGCAUCGACCCGCCGCUGCCUCUCGCUGAAGAACUGAACUUUUUUUUAUUAAAAAGUCAAAAGUGCGGAGACGCAGCUCUUUUGUUUUGUUUUGUUUUGUUGAAUAGCAUGAUCCACUUAGCAGGACUAUAUCUCUCAUAGCUGACUGAUGCAAUUUGAUGUAUGUUAACACUAUCAUUUUGUAAGAGUAUUUUAUUUUUGUGUGUAAUUAGUUCUAAUUAAACUUGCCUUUGUCUAACAAUGUUACAACCUUGUAUGAAGAUGUAUCCUUGUUUUGAUUGUCAUAAACGAGAAGCUUUUUAAUCUGAA